UUCAACAUGGCGACAGAGUGUAAAACCUGAAUGAGGAGAUCAGCAGUUGCGAUUCAUUAAUUUGUAACCUCAGGGGUCAUUGUCAGAAUGGUGGAGCCAAACGAAGCUUACGUCGACACUUUGCUAAACAUGGGGUUUGUCGACAGCGCGCAGAUCCGCAAAGCGCUAAGUUUGGCAAAGAAUGACUUGAAUGAUGCUGUGGCUUUCCUUACGGGAGAAGAAACAAGCACAAGUUUUGAUUACGAAGACACGGAAGUGAAAGACACGGAGACGCAACACGGCUCGGAUGACGGAGACAUGAUUCCUCCUUUAGUGGAUUCUAGGGAAGGUGAAGAUGGAGACGUUUUUGAGCCUCCAACGGGAGAACCACCUCCAUCGUACGACGAAGCCAUGAAUCCUGCAGGUCUGUCCCAAAAUGGAGCUGGUCACAGUCGCGAUGAAAGUGAAAGCAUGGAGAUACCACUGGAAUUUCCCACUACUAACCUGUAUGAACUGGAGGACAGGGUUUUUGUGGACAACUGGUCAAUUCCUUACAAGAGGGACGAAUCUUUGGGAAAAUGCUUACAAAGUGCAGCCAGAUUUGCUCAAGAUGGUCUUGCUGAGGCUGACGAAAACUGCAAGAGAUUUAUGGACAGAGCACUACCUGAAUGCUUCAAAAAGCUGCUGACAACACAGGCAGUCCACAGAUGGGGUCUGGAAAUCCAUGAGGGAAUUUACGACAUGCUCCAUCUGCUCCUGAAUUUAGUAGCUUCCAGACUCAAGUACAAACCAGUACCAUUUGGUUUACUUGAACUAUUGACACAGGCAUUUAAUCCAGAAACAGAGUUCCAGUUCAAAAACAGAACCAAACAGUGGGACAAGAAGUAUUAUGAAGGAGUGUUUGGAGCAGAUGAUUGUUAUGCAGUGUGUCCACCAAGUUCAGCCUAUUACACUCAUACUUCAUACAAGGAACCUUAUGGGUGGCUGGUGAACUUGAUAAACAAGUUUGCAGAGCAUGGUGGUUUUGAGGAAAUUAAGAAGCAGAUUGAGACAGCUGAGAAAGUGGAUGCCCCAAUGCUAGCUGCACUUUUAAAACCAUUGGGAAUAUGUGCCAGUUAUUUGAAUGCCAAAGUGUUACCGAAAGUCUUCAGUGAUGUUUUUGAAAAGACCUUGGCUUAUAUUCAAGAACUUACUAAUGAAGAUAUGAAACAAAAGACAGUUGGUGAUGUGUUUGACUUGUUGACAACUCUCAAACUCCUGUGUAUGAGACUUUGGCAGAACAUGGUGGCUGGAGUGGAUGACUUGAGGUUGGAAGUUGCUCUGAAAAUGCUCAAAAGUCCUCAUUUUAAUGCAAAGAUGAACUCCUUGAAAGAGGUGUGCAAAUUGAUUGAAGAUUCAGAGAAGAACAAGAACACCAAAGUGAAUUUGUCUCAAGAUGCUAUCACAGAGUGGCUGCUGCAAAAUAAAGUGCUCUCAAUCGCAUUUGAAAGUAAUCUACAUCAGUCUCAGUAUUGUGACCGAAUAAAAGUCCUAGUUGAAUUUCUUGGAACAAAGCUUUCACUGGAUGAAUUGACAACCAUAUGGAAAAUGCAGGUUGGAAAACACCCAACAGAAGUAGACAACAUUCAUAAUAUCUUAGCUACGGCAGCUGUACAAUUUAACUCCAACCAACUUGAACACCUAUUUGUGCUGAUCCAACAGAGUUGGGGAUCAGAGAAUGAUCGCAUGAAGGAGAAACUGCUUGUGCUCAUUGGACGAAUUGGAAAGGAAGCUAGAGUGGGAAAGAUUACCACUAAGGUUCUUGAUCUUCUCUGGAGCUUAUCUCACCUGCCAUCUCUAACAACUGAUAUGGUUGAUCAGGCCCUCAAAUCACACAUUGAAAUCCUCAGUGAUUCCUAUGCAGUGAAGGAACAAAUAAAAAAGAACUAUGCUGUCAAGUGUGUGGAGGACAUUAGGAAAGGAGUUUUGAUUGUACCAGCCAUCCGUCAACUUUUGAAAAUCACAAGGGGAAUGGUGAAACAACAGUUCAACAAGCAUGACAAGGGAAUCCUUCCAGAGCUUCAUAAGAAUCAUGACAUAAUCAAGCUGACUGUCACCAGCCUUGUGAACUGUCACCAGCUUGCUGUCACAGCUGCCUCUCCUGGUGGGUUGGAAGAAGACACCCUAGUUGAUGGUCGCUAUACACACAAGGAGUUUGUCAACAUCCACCUACGUUUCCUUGCAUUUGUCUUGCAAGAAGGGGUACUCUACCUGCACUGGCACAGAGCUAGAGAUAUCUGGGAUUGUCUGGUAGCUAAUGUUGAUGCUUGCGAAUUUGAUCGUGAGACAUGUUUUGAUUGGUUCUUUAAAGGACAGUGUGAUUUAGAGCCAGACACGCUAUCUCAAAUGUUUACAGGAAAGGUACUGAAGCUGGAUCCCAGUAAGCUGACUAUGAAAGGGUUUGCUUGCUGCAAAGCGUUUCUGGAGAAUGUUAACCAGAAUGAUAAUCGCAUCAAAAAGAUUGGUAACACUUACACAGUUGAGAAAAUGGACCUUGUGGGUUUUGAUUACUUGUGGAGGAUUGUUCUUGAGGUUCCAUCAGAGGAAAUCGCCAUGUUGGCUGUUAAACAACUUAUGGAACUUAGUUACACCUGGCUGUCUCCAAAGUUGAAAAAGGAUCCUGUAAAUGUUCACAAGAAAUUUAUUUUGGAGUGCUACAAACGCCUUGAGGCAAUGAUGUCUGGCUUGGGACAGAAUUUGUUCAAUCAAGCAGCAGGUGUUGCAGCUGCUGCUGCUUCUGUACCAGCGACACCUGAUGUACCAAUUAGUCCAGGAUCAGCCAGGGCUAACUACAUGUUGAGUGUUGAGAGGCUUUUAGUUCUUGUAGAACAAUAUAUCAUAACUGUUGAGGAUCUCCAUGCUGGUCCUCGUACUUUAUUACCCCAUGGAGCAUCAUUUCAUGGAUAUCCCAUCACCAUUAAUGUGUCAUCUGAUUUACCCAAACAAGAGAUCACUCUUCAGUGCCAUUCCAAUGAAAGUUUGAAGUCCCUUCGUCACAGGAUAGCCAACCGCCUGAAAACCAAUCAUGAGCAAAUUCAGUUGUCUACUUCAGAAAAGUUGCUUUUGCCGUCCAAGGAUCAAAAGCUUUUGUAUCAACUGGAGUUUGAAGAUGAACAACUACUAUUUGGGAAAGUUUCUGUGUCAGGGGUCACCACUGUACCAACCAAGGAAGAAGCUGAGAGUCAAGAGGCCAUGCGGAUUGAUGAGUCCAGUGCAAGUGGAUCAAACCGACAAACCUAUGCUUUGGAACAGGAGAGGAUGAUGCCUGGUGUUAUCAUGGCCACUGAGUGUAAAGCUUUUGACAAGUUGUAUCAACUGGCCGAGCUUGAAGAACCAAGCAUUACCAUGCGGGUGCAGAGGUUACUGAUGUUGUUACCAACAGAUCCCGACGUACAGGAAGCUUUGGACUCCAUAGGACAACAGUACAACAUCAGCUGCUCCCCUGGAGGUACCGAUGACAGAAUGUUGUCUAUGACAAAUUUACAAAACAUGUUCAAGUGUGUGAUGCCCGGCAUGUCCCCAUUCAGAAUACUUUAUAACCUUGAGGUCCUAAGUAGCAAGUUGAUGCCAACUCAAAACAGAGAUGGAGGUGCUAAUGCAAGAAUGUUCAAAGAAAACUUUUUAGCAGCUGGGGGACUGAGUGUUGUGGUGAAUAUCCUCCAGAAGGACAUGUUUCCUCAAGAUGUUGAUACUGAGAUUCGCAGAGGUUGCUAUGCAAUUUGUUUACAAUUAGCAAGGUUUUUGUUAUGUGGACAAUCCUCAGAAAACUCCUUCACAGCACCCCCUUCUCCACCAUACAGGGAGCACGCAACAAUUGCAUCCUCACCAAUUUCCAUGGCAACAGGUACCAUGGAAACAGAUUUGAAUGACAGUUUGAACAAUUCAGCAGUGGAAGCAAAAAGAGCACGCUCCAGUAGCGUCAUCGAUGAUGUACACCCCUCAGUUAGAGUUGCUAUUGAGACAAUGGGUCGUGAUGAUUUUGCAGAAACAAUUGCAUGUUUCAUGCGUGUGGCUUGGGCUGCAGCUGCUGGCAGAAUAAACCUGGCCGGGGGUAGGCAAAGGUUAUCCAGUCAGAGCUCGGAUGAUGAAGGAAGUAGUAUGGGAGGAGGGGGGAGUGAUUCGGAGUCUGUGAAAUCCUUCAGAUCAAGUGUUUCCAGUGGGAACCCCUCAGAGGUUACAAACAAGGAUGUUGUUAUAGUUGGCGAAGCCCUUCAGCUUUUAGUUCUCUGUUUGCAACUUAGAACGCAAUUAAUGGGAGUAUUUUACUAUCUCCCAAAUGUAAAUGACUUCAUUGUGGAAGUUCUUAUAGGCUCCAUCAAUUCUCAGGUGCGGUCGACAGCACUUGAACAACUUUUGAUUCUGAGUCAAACUCCCGUUGGAGACCCCAAACUUCAGACACCAAAUCAUUUCCUUUUGAGUGUGAUGCUCAAUGCUCCCCUGCCAUUAUGGACACCUACAGUUCAUGUCAGAGGAAAAAACUACAGAUUACAACGUCACUGCAGUCAAUUCUUUGAUCUCCUUUGUCGACUGUUAGACUACUUGACAGUGACAGAGCAGAGACUGAUGAAAAUCGAUCCCACCAAGAUGAUCGACAAUGAAAUACAAUGGUUGCUGAAUUUUGAAUGUGGAAGUAAUUUAGAAAAUAGCUUUCCACUUCUAGCUGGCCAUUUGAAAUUAAUUAAAACUCUCUUCACUUGUGAAGGGGUGGACAAAAGGGGUUUAGGAGAGAAGUUGAUAAAAGACCUUUUAGAUGACUUUCUCUUUCCUGCUUCGAAGUUAAUUUUCGACACAAGAAGUGCACCGUCUAAAGAGACUGUUAUUGAUGUUCACCCCAAAUGUGUUGCCAGAGAGUGUCAAGUGGCUGCACAUGAGCUUCUGGUGGAACUGGCCACUGGCUGCGCUGAAAACCUGGUUUACAUUGUGUCCCAAUUAAUUAGUAUGCAUCAUAUUGGUGAUCCUGGUACAAUCAAAGAAUGGGAGUUUCAGCCUCCAGUUGCCCCAAGGGCGCAGUGUGGAUUUGUUGGUCUCAAGAAUGCCGGAGCAACAUGUUAUAUGAACUCUGUUCUUCAACACUUAUACAUGCAACCAGGACUAAGAGAGGCAAUUUUAUCAUUUGAUGAUUUUCAUCCAGAUAGAGAAAGCGUCUUUUUCCAAGUUCAAUCAUUAUUUGGCCACUUGAUGGACAGCAAGUUACAGUUCUUUGCCCCAGAGCAAUUUUGGAAAUGUUUCAAGCUAUGGGGCCAACCAGUCAAUGUUCGCGAGCAACAGGAUGCUUUUGAGUUCUUUAGUAACCUGACGGAUCAACUUGAUGAACUCCUUAAGCAAAAAGGACAAGAGCAGUUAUUCAAAAAAACAUUUUGUGGUAUGUUUGCUGAUCAGAAAAUUUGUAAAGAUUGUAAUCACAGGUAUGAAAGAGAAGAAGCUUUUCAUUCUUUACAAGUGACUGUCAAAAACCACAGGCUGGAAGACUCCCUAGAACAGUUUGUAAAUGGCGAGAUACUUGAAGGGGACAAUGCUUACUUCUGCGAAAAGUGCAAUGAAAGGCGGACUACCGUAAAGCGCAUGUGUAUCAAGAGCCUCCCUCCGGUUCUCGUGAUUCAACUGAAGAGAUUUGGGUAUGACUGGGAGGCUGGUAGAGCACUCAAGUUUGACGAUCACUUUGAGUUUCCUUGGCUUUUAAACAUGGAACCAUACACUACGGAUGGAGUGUCAAGACGGGAGUCAAUGACAAACUUACAGGCUGAUACAGACAGUGAAAGUGGAAGUAUCACAGAUCUACAUAUGUCUGCAUCUUCCUCUUCGCUUCACUCCACUGUAUCUGUUAAUGCACCCGAGAUUCAGUACGAGCUUGUAGGAGUCAUUGUUCACAGUGGACAAGCAAAUGCGGGGCAUUACUACUCGUUCAUUAAGGACAGAAGGAAUUUUGCAAAUGACAGCGAGAACAAAGAAAAGUGGUACAAGUUCAAUGACAUCUUUGUAGAGGAAUUUGAAAUGAACGAGGACACACUAGAAGCGGAAUGUUUUGGAGGCACAUACAAAGCUACAGUUUACGACACUGUAAACAGUUAUCCCGAAACUCGACAUCGCUACUGGAAUGGCUACAUGCUUUUCUAUGAGUCCUCAGACAAACUCAAGUCUCAGUACGGCGCUGCUGGUGAUGGCAGUGGACUGGUGCGACAUGAUGUAGGUCUGAGGUCCUCUCCACCGUCCCCAUCCUCAUCCUCGAUAUCCUCAAGCUCAGGUCCCCCGUCACCCACCCGGACAGACGGUCUAAGUCAGCUAACAGCGUUACUUCAAAAGGGAGAAAAGAAAGGCAUUUUUAAGGACAAAAUGCCAGCUUCUAUCCAGAGAGUGGUUCACACUGAAAACCUUCAAUUCAUGCAAAAUAGAGAUGUUUAUAACGUGGAUUACUUCAGAUUUGUCCUCAACCUGGCAUCUUGCAAUGCGGGUUCUAACCGGAGGUGGAGCUCGAUUCAGGCUCAGGAAUUUACUCAUCUGUACAGUGUCCUGGCCACUUUAGUUUGCUCAUGUGAUGUAUCUUCACAACUUACCGUCG